AUGGUAGCAACAGCAGCAGCUGCUGCAGCAUAUGGUAAAUUAGGCAGUAGUUAUCAGCAGGAGCAACAACAACAGCAACAGUACGCUGCUACAACUACUACUACUACACGACAAUCACAGAUACAUACAAAACGUAGUUCAAGUCACAGUGGUGGUAGUAAUUCAAAUGCAUUUCGAUUACAACAGCGUCGUAUGUUAGAACGAGAAAAUAUCGAUCAGUUACUUCAAAAAUGUCGCACAAAUUAUCGUGGUAUUGCUUGUAGUACACAGGCUCCAUCACGUUACAAUGAUUGUGGACAGCAUGCAAUCUAUCAUACAUUAGGUGGUGGACAUCCGAUACCACAACUAACACUUAGUGAUGACGGUGAAACAUUAUGUGUGAGGAGCGGUUCAACCCGAACAUCAUCAUCAUCAUCAUCACGUAUGCCAUCAAAACAGGAUCAUCAGGUUCAAGCUGGACCAGGAUUUACCUCGUCCAUGGCUGGAUAUCAUUCAUUGGAUCGAAAAACACAUCUAAUGAAUUACUAUCGAAUAUCCGAUGAUAAUCCAUAUCGGUUAGCAGCAGUGGGACAGGAAACAUCUGCUGCCACUUUAGCAAUGGUAAGUCCUCGACAUAUCGCAUCAAAUCGCCAUCAGUUAACAUUAGCGCAUCAAAAUGUGGAACAUGCCUUGACCAAUCGCCAUAGUGUUGCUGCUAGGCGAACGGCUUCGCUUUCCUCAGCUGGCAUGUCACGAUCGAUGGUUUUGGUUGCUGGUAGUGGUUCAGAUUCAAGCGGUGGUAGUUCACAACCCUCAACACCUGAUAAUACACCAAAUUAUCGCAUUGGUAGCCGUUCACCACUAAUGUAUAAUCCAAAAAUGGUCAUCAAACAUAUACCGCUUAGUAUUGCGGCACAAAUUCCGACAAUUGAAAGAAAUUCCACGAGUAGACGCACAGUCAUUGCUAGUAUAACAUUAUUAGAAUCAACCGGACGGUUAUAUGAAGGUCAUCACAGAUGA